GCCAAGUCGUCAGUCCCGCCCUCGGUUCUAUCGCGUUUUCGGUUAGUCUCCGUUCGACGUUCGAACGGUGAAGUGUGUAUAGCGCUUGUGCGCACCGGUUACUGUGGCGUACUGCGAGGUUAUAAUGGACGCGCCCGGCGGAGCGCGGGAGCCCCGCUUCGGGCCGCCCUACGGUAUGGGACUUCUUGGGGACGUGAAUGAUAUGUACGGUGCUGGACGGCCACCGAGCUCCCUCGGUGGAGGUCUCAGGCCCGGUAUGCAGCCCUGCACGGUGCCAAGGGCCGGUGUGAAGAGACCGUCUGACCAGUGUUACGAUGAAAGACCUUCCCAAAGUCUCGGCUUGGAGCAUUGCGCGAUGCCAGACAUAGCUGAUGAUGGCUAUGCCUCCUUACAACCGAAGAAGUCGCCACCUUCUAAUGGCAAGAAAACCAAGGGCCGUGUUAAAAUUAAAAUGGAAUACAUUGACAACAAAUUACGGCGGUACACGACUUUCUCGAAGCGGAAGACUGGCAUUAUGAAGAAGGCUUACGAAUUAUCAACGUUGACUGGGACACAAGUGAUGUUGUUAGUGGCGUCGGAAACCGGACACGUGUACACAUUCGCGACGAGGAAACUUCAGCCAAUGAUCACGUCGGACUCCGGGAAGCGGCUCAUACAGACCUGCUUGAACUCGCCCGAUCCUCCGACAACGAGCGAGCAGAGAAUGGCCGCCACCGGCUUCGAGGAGACUGAGCUCACGUAUAAUGUAGUAGACGACGAUAUGAAGGUUCUGGGCGAAGCUUCUGAUAAGGAAAGAUGCAAGGAGGAACCAGCUACUUCAGGCGACAGCGGAGACGAGAGUGGCAGCGAACCGGAGUGCCUGAACGACAAGCCGCAAAACCAUAAGGAGUGGAAUAGCAGAGAAGAAGUAAAUAAUAGGGAUUCUCAAGCGGAUAACCAACCUUCUACGUCCUCAUCCAAUCAAGAAAUAGAAGCAAAAUCGAGUCAACCGUCGUUACCCAGGAUUCUGCCCAAAAUAGACCUUCCCGGGGGCGCCAUGUUGUAUCCUUCGGGGGUGCUUGCUGGCGUGGGGUUAGAUGGAUUGGGCACUAACCUAGGUUUGGGCAAUUUGGCUAUGGGAUACCCGCAUAGCUUUAUCUUAGGUUUAGCUAAUCAAGGUCAGGAUGGAGCAUCAUCAUCAAACCAGCCGCAGUUCAUCACCAUCCCACUAUCGAUGAUGGCAGGCGCGCCCAACGGCUGCCCAAGCGCUUCCAGUGAUGACAGCAGCGAGCUGCAGGACCUCAGCACUGGGGCAAGGAAGUGACCGCUGUGAAG